AUGCGGCCCAACUUCAUCGUGAGCAUCACGCCGCAAGCCGUGAGCCUAGCUCCGGACCCGGAGAUCUGGAGCCAAGUGCACCUCCUAUGGCUGCUCUCGACGAUGGUGCCCAAGUUCCUGAUUGUCCCCGAUAUCAUUAUGGAGGCGUUGUCGGCGCCGUACCCGUUGAUCCUGCGGCACCGCACCCUCGGGCACUUCAUGAUAUGCAGCCUCAUGUUCAUCAUGAGUAUCGUCGGCUGCAGCAGCGGCGGCGCCAGCGUUGUUUCCGUAUUGGCCCACACACAGGACCAGGGCUUCCGCCUCCUGAUGGUCGUGCUUGAGACGGUGGUCAUCCUCCAGUUCUACGGUGAGCGAGCGUAA